GAUGACCUGUAUCCAGACACGGCGGGUCCCGACCCGGCCCUGGAGCCAGAGGAGUGGCUGGAGGGGCAAGAUGAGGACCCCAUCCUUCAGUCCAUGAGGGACGGCUACGUUCCUCCCAAGAGCCGCGAGCUCAAAGUGGCCAGGAAGAAUGUUCUGGACUCCAGACCCACCCCCAGACGCAGCAUGUCUUCCUGCGACGGCUCAGCCAACCUGCCCGUGAGUCACACUAAAUAUAUCACCUCUGUAUGCCUGUUUGUCUAAAAACCCUUGUCCCUGACCUGUCUGUUCUGUCCCUGACCUGUCUAUCCUGUCCCUGACCUGUCUGUUCUGUCCCUGACCUGUCUGUCCUGUCCCUGACCUGUCUCUCCUGUCCCUGACCUGUCUGUUCUGUCCCUGACCUGUCUCUCCUGUCCCUGACCUGUCUGUCCCGUCCCUGACCUGUCUGUCCUGUCCCUGACCUGUCUGUCCUGUCCCUGACCUGUCUCUCCUGUCCCUGACCUGUCUCUCCUGUCCCUGACCUGUCUGUCCUGUCCCUGACCUGUCUGUUCUGUCCCUGACCUGUCUGUUCUGUCCCUGACCUGUCUCUCCUGUUCCUGACCUGUCUCUCCUGUCCCUGACCUGUCUGUCCUGUCCCUGACCUGUCUCUCCUGUUCCUGACCUGUCUCUCCUGUCCCUGACCUGUCUGUCCUGUGCCUGAUCUAUCUCUCCUAUAGCUGUCCUGACCCUGACCUGUCUGUCCUGUCCCUGACCUGUCUGUCCUGUCCCUGACCUGUCUGUCCCUUACUGUCUGUCUUGUAGCUGUCCCGUCCCUGACCUGUCUCUCCCUGAACUGUCUGUCCUGUCCCCUACCUGUCUCUCCUGUAGCUGUCCUGUCCCUGACCUGUCUGACUUGUCUGUCCUGUCCCUGUCCUGUCUCUGACCUCUUUCUUGUUUUUUUCUCCUUCUUUCCAUCUCCUACCUUUUUCUACACUCCUCUCUUUCCCUUCCUCCAUCUCUCCUUCCCCCGCUUCCUUCAUCUCUCCUUCCCCCUCUUCCUUCCUCCAUCUCUCCUUCCCCCUCUUCCUUCAUCUCUCCUUCCCCCUCUUCCUUCCUCCAUCUCUCCUUCCCCCUCUUCCUUCCUCCAUCUCUCCUUCCUCCAUCUCUCCUUACCCCUCUUCCUUCCUCCAUCUCUCCUUCCUCUUCUUCCUUCCUCCAUCUCUCCUUCCCCCUCUUCCUUCCUCCAUCUCUCCUUCCUCCUCUUCCUUCCUCCAUCUCUCCUUACCCCUCUUCCUUCCUCCAUCUCUCCAUCUCUCCUUCCUCCAUCUCUCCUUCCUCCAUCCCUCUCCCCAGCCUCAGUUCGUAGAGCGGUUGUUGGAGGAAGUUCAGAAUCUCAAGGCGACAGUUCUGUCUCAGGAGAAGAGAAUCUGUGACCUGGAGAAUAAACUAUCCAAGUACACCAACGGCACAGCCUGA